AUGACUGCCUCACAAGCUCCUUCCGCUGAGAAGCCCUCCAAUGGCUCAAGUUCCUCCGUCAACCAAGAGGAACACCAAUAUUUGGAUCUCGUAAAAGAAAUCCUAGAAACCGGUGAGCGUCGGCCAGAUAGAACCGGUACAGGCACAUACUCCAUCUUUGCCCCUCGACCCCUCAAGUUCUCCCUCAACAAUAACGGCACCCCAAUCCUCCCCCUCCUCACCACCAAGCGCGUCUUUACCCGUGCCGUUAUCGCCGAGCUCCUCUGGUUCAUCGAGGGAAACACAUCCUCCACGAGCCUCAGCGAGGCCGGCAUCAAGAUCUGGGACGGCAACGGCUCUCGCGAAUUCCUUGACAACCUCGGUCUCAACCACCGCGAGGUCGGCGACCUCGGCCCCGUGUACGGCUUCCAGUGGCGGCAUUUUGGCGCCGAGUACGUCGACGCCAAGACGGACUACACAGGCCAGGGAGUUGACCAGCUCGCUGAGAUUAUUCACAAGCUGCGCACCAACCCAUACGAUCGCCGUCUGAUUCUUUCCGCCUGGAACCCCGCCGAUCUGAAGAAGAUGGUCCUCCCACCGUGCCACAUGUUUGCCCAGUUUUACGUCUCUUACCCCCGACAAAAGGAUGACGACUCCGAGACCAAGCCCCAGGGCCAUCUACACUGCCAGCUCUACCAACGAUCCUGCGACAUGGGGCUUGGGGUUCCGUUCAACAUUGCCAGCUACGCACUGCUGACACACAUGAUGGCGCACGUCUGCGAAUUGGUUCCUGGCAGCCUGACUCACGUCAUGGGCGACGCACACGUCUAUCUUGACCAUGUCGAUGCCCUCAACACGCAACUGGAGCGUGAACCCCGCGACUUUCCAGAACUGGAGAUCACCCGAGAGAAGGGCGGUAGCAUUGACGGGUGGAAAGCGGAGGACUUUGUUAUCAAGGGCUAUGACCCUCACAAGACCAUUGCCAUGAAGAUGUCCGUUUGA